AUGGCUGAAUCUGAAUCUAAAACCCUCCGAUAUGUUGAUAUUGGAAUCAACCUGAGCGACCCUAUGUUCCGCGGUGAAUACCACGGCAAAAAGUCCCACGAAGAUGACGUGGACGACGUUAUCCAGCGUGCCAAAGAUGUAGGAUGCACCAAGUUCAUGGUCACAGGCUCCGACCUGGAAGAAUCGAAACACGCUGUUGAUAUCGCCAGCAGAUACCCCGGAUUCUGCUACUCCACCGUCGGCGUGCAUCCAUGCCAGGCCAAGCUCUUCGAUGAAUAUCCAGGCGGUCCGACAAAGAUGCUCGAGGAGCUUCGCGUCCUAGCGAUAGAAUCCCAGCAAGCCGGGCACGCCGUCGCAUUCGGCGAGAUAGGACUAGACUACGACCGACUAUUCCUAAGUGCCAAGGAGCCACAGCUGAAAUACUUCGAAGCCCAACUCGACCUAGCCGUUGAGAUUCAAAUGCCACUCUUCCUUCACUCGCGUGCUGCAAGUGAGGAUUUCGAGCGCCUUCUCGCGCCACGACUUGCGAAGCUUCCUAAGCGCGGUCUUGUGCACAGUUUCACCGGCACGAUGGAGGAGAUGAAUCGGAUGGUUGCGCUGGGUCUCGACGUUGGUGUCAACGGGUGUAGUAUGAAGACUGAGGAGAAUUUGGAAGUUGUCAAAGCUAUUCCGUUGGAUAGACUUCAGAUUGAAACUGAUGGGCCUUGGUGCGAAAUUCGUCCUUCUCAUGCAUCCGCGAAGCAUUUGGAUGGCGCGCCGGAGUUGCCUAAGGCUGUUAAGAAGGAGAAGUGGGCGAAGGGCUGUAUGGUCAAGGGUCGAAAUGAGCCCAUUGCGAUCGCACGUGUGGCUCAUGUUAUUGCUAGUGUGAAGGGUAUUACCGUGGAGGAGGUUUGCGAAGCUGCUUGGAAUAACUCCAUCAAAAUGUUCGGCUUGGGUGAACCCCAGGUUUAA